GCAGCCUCAGUGUACUCAGGAGUGUUCACACAGAUCUUUAAAGAGGAGAGAGGGCUGUACCAGGACAAGGUGUUCUGCUUCGUCCAUCUGAGCGUUCAGGAGUUUCUGGCUGCUCUUCAUGUCCAUCUGACCUUCAUCAACUCUGGUGUCAAUCUGCUGGCAGAAGAACAAUCAACCUCCCGGCUGUCUAAAGUAUUCAGAGACAAACUUAAACUAACACAUCUCUACCAGAGUGCUGUGGACAAGGCCUUACAGAGUCCAAAUGGACACCUGGACUUGUUCCUCCGCUUCCUCCUGGGUCUCUCACUGCAGACCAAUCAGACUCUCCUACGAGGUCUGCUGACACAGACAGGAAGUAGCUCACAGACCAAACAGAAAACAGUUGAAUACAUAAAGAAGAAGAUCAGUGAGAAUCUGUCUCCAGAGAGAAGCAUCAAUCUGUUCCACUGUCUGAAUGAACUGAAUGAUCGUUCUCUAGUGGAGCAGUUCCAACAGUCCCUGAGUUCAGGAAGUCUCUCCACAGAUAAACUCUCUCCUGCUCAGUGGUCAGCUCUGGGCUUCAUCUUACUGUCAUCAGAAAAAGAUCUGGAUGUGUUUGACCUGAAGAAAUACUCUGCUUCAGAGGAGGCUCUUCUGAGGCUGCUGCCAGUGGUCAAAGCCUCCAACAAAGCUCUGUUGAGUGGCUGUAACCUCUCAGAGAGAAGCUGUGAAGCUCUGUCCUCAGUUCUC